AUGGUGCUGCAGAACGACAUCGACUUGCUCAACCCGCCGGCAGAGCUUGAGAAACUAAAGCACAAGAAGAAGCGCCUCGUCCAGUCUCCCAACUCCUUCUUCAUGGAUGUCAAGUGCCAGGGCUGUUUCAGCAUAACCACUGUGUUCAGCCACUCCCAGACUGUGGUUGUGUGCCCAGGCUGCCAAACUGUUCUCUGCCAACCUACUGGUGGGAAGGCCAGGCUCACUGAGGGGUGCUCCUUCCGUCGCAAGGGCGAUUAG